CGAGGUGUGUGCAGUCCUCGUUUUUCUGACAGAGAAGUAUCGAUCCCUUCUGUUAUUUAAUUCGAAGUUUAGUCUGAGUCUAGACUAGAUCCAGUCCAGUGAGAUCGGCUCUUUUGUCAUACUCUAGUCCAACUCCAACCCGAAUCCAGUUCUACCCCAGUCCAGGUUUUAGUGAUAGGUAGCAUUGUGGCGCGCUGGUGAAACGCAAGCACGGAGUUCCGCUUACCAACAAAAAGGUUUGCGUCAGAGUGGAACUACAUACCUUAUGUGAACACUAAUUUAUUAAUCUUUAUUCGUAAGAUAACUGCUGAACAGAACAAGCUGGUUUGUGAUUAUUAUUGUCAUCCAAGGAGGAUUUUGUAUCGCAGUGAUACUGAGGGUGCCCUGCUGAGACUCCUUCCUCCGUUACCCUGCCUACUCCCCCCGGGACGCCAUGCACCGUGGUAGCGAACGGGACUUCCAGUCAUCAGCACGGAGGAUGGGCACCUCACUGCUUUUCCAGCUGUCGGCGCACGAACGGGAGCUCGACCUUGUGUGCCUCGACCAUAGCUAUGCCAAGCCAUGGAGUGCCCACCCAGAUGCUAGCAGUGCACGGCCUACACGCAUGCUUUUUGUCACCCCGCGUCGGCAGCAGGAAACUACCAUGGAGACUGACACUUCAAUUGAUGUGGAGACAGUCACACCUGCAGCUAUGCCCCUUUAUGACAACCAGAAGGCACGCAGUGUGAUGAACGAAUGCGAACGACAUGUAUUGUUUGCCCGCACGGCCGCUGAUGCCCCGCCGCCACCUGAUGAUUGGGAGGAGCACGUUAACAAGGUGGGCUGGUCCAUGGCUCAGAAUAAACUGUUCAACAAAGUGGUGAAGGCACUGCAGGCUGAGCGACAGGCCCGGCUGGCCAACGAGGGGGCAUGCAACGAGCCAGUGCUGCGGCGCAUCGCUGUGGACAAGUGUGCUCGGAAGGUGCGGCACGCGCUGGCUGCUGUCAGCUGGGACACCAAGCUCAUCCAGUGGCUCCAUGGAACCCUGGUAGAAUCGCUCAGCCUGGCCAUGCUAGCUGCCUACUUGGAUGUGCUGCAAACCCUCAAGAGCAAGGACGGUCCCAUACAGGUUCCCACGCUGAUUGACCGCAUGCUGCUGUCCUCCUCCGUGAAGACAGGUGCCACUGGAGCAGAGGCGCUCUCGCUCCUGCUUAAGCGGCCAUGGGACCCAGCUGUCGGGGUGCUCUCUCACAAUAAGCCGAGCAAGCUCCCCGGUUCCCCGCUGAUCCUGAUUACACCUUCAGGGCCCACAAGCCCUGCCUUCUCAACCUCCCGACGCCUGCGCUUCUGGCAAUCGCAGUUGUCCUGCUUGGGCAAGGUGAUCCCCAUCUCCACACACCUGGUAAACAGCGGAAGCAACGUGGGCAUUGCGCAGUGCCUCGAACACAUGAUUGGAGGUGUGCGUGCCAAAGUCCGUGAGGUCCACAGCCACUUCCCCCACAAACCCAUCAUCCUCGUGGGCUGGAACACUGGAGCGCUCAUUGCUUGUCAUGUGUCCCUCAUGGAGUACGUGACUGCGGUUGUCUGCCUAGGCUUCCCUCUUCUCACUAUCAAUGGUCCCAGGGGGGAUGUGGACGACCCUCUGCUGGACAUGAAGACCCCAGUGCUGUUUGUGAUUGGCCAGAAGGCCCUACAGUGCAGCACAGAAGCUAUGGAGGAAUUCCGGGAGCAGCUGCGGGCUGAUAACAGCAUGGUGAUAGUUGGGGGAGCCGACGACAACCUCCGAAUCAGUUCUGCAAAGAUGAAAGCUGAAGGAUUGACACAGACCAUGGUGGACCGCUGCAUUCAGGAUGAGAUUGCGGACUUCUUGACAGGGGUGUUGACACGCGCUGAGAAUCACAGCCAUAGCACCAUGGAGCCCCGCGACCUGGACACAGAGAAGAGGAAGAAGAAGAAGCAGCCGCGGGAGUCAAGGCGGGACACACCCUUCGAUCUGGAGAGGGGACGCUCUUCGCAGGCUUCACGGGUGCCCGUCUCCCCUUCAGGAUCAGAGGACUUGUCCAGUGUUUCCAGUAGCCCUGCCUCCAGCCCCAAACCACGUGCCUCAGGCCUCUCACCCGCACAGAAGUCCAACCUCAUCACUGCCACGCAGCUUCUAAAGACCCACAUGCAGCGCUCCGGGGGUCUUUUCACACACAGGCAGGCUCAAGCUCAGUUUGCUGCUUUUAUGAAGCAGAACCUGCUGGUGAGGAAGAGCAUCCCCACAGGUACCCCUCCUUGUCUGCUGGUGCCUGUCUCCAGUGAGCCAUCCGAGGGGCAUGACCGAGACGACCUGCGUGCCCACCUGAAGAGAAGGCAGACCCCUAGCCCGACGCACACCAAGACUUCCAAGAGAGCCAAGAUCAAAGUCACCAUCCUGUCCCAUGGAGAUGCAGCAGGGGGCACCAGUGUCGCUGCUGCACAGGACUCUGGAGCUCCAGGCAAGAUGCUCAGCAGUGCAGGACAGACUAUACCAGGUGCUAGAGAGCUCUCCGGGCUGCUCACAGCACAAAGGUCUGGAGGGUUCUCGGAGGUGCCCAGUGCCCUGAGCCCUGGAGCGUCGUUGGGCGGGACCCCGGGCUCCCAUCAUGGCCUGCUCCACACGCAGACCCCAGCAGCUGCCCAAGCACCCUCUGCCAGCAGCCUUCUCCAGGGCCUGAGCUUCAGCCUUCAGGAGAUAGUCACAAGGUCCCCCAGCCUGCCCUCUACAGCAGCCAGUGGCCUGGGUGGCAGUACGCAGGUUACAUACACCUGGAACAGGCCGGGAGCCUCCUCCGCACAGGGCCCGGCAGGAAAGACGCGCAUUCUGGGCUCCAUCGGCAGCACUGGCGGCAGUGGGGCCCUGGUUCGGGCUGUGCCGGUGGUCUCAGGAGGUGGUCCCGGGAGCACAAAGUCCACAGCCAUCCACCAGCUGCUCACCAAUGGCGGGCUGGCAAAGCUAGCGAGCAGCCUGCCUGGACUGGCCCACAUCUCAAACCAGGCCGGAGCUGGACUCAAGGCUCCCACCACCAUUACAGUUACUCUGCGGGGGCAGCCAAGCCGUCUGACCACUCUCAGCCAGGCAGGAGCUGGCAUGACCCUGGCCAAGCCCUCCGACUCACAGUGAUUGGCAGCCAUUCUGGAAACCUUGAGGACCCUGGAAAAGUGUAGCCACCAACCAGAAUGCUGAGUGGCGAAGGCACAGCAGCCCCACCUGGACCACUGCUACCAUCACCUUCUUCCUGCUGCCACAUCUUCAGACCUGGAGGGAGAAGAAGCCAGCAUAGGCUACCCCUGCUGUUCUCCAUUGGAGCCUAGAGUCAAAGAGGACAGACUUGCUACAGUGUUGUCUGAGGGUGCUCUAGAACCGUUUGUGUUGUUACAUGUCAAGUUCCUUGUCAUUUUUCUUUCUUUUCUGUUUGCUGAGUUGUGUGUGUGCGCUCGGGUAGCAGCAUCACUUGGGGGCAAGGAGGCUGUGCACUUAGCUCGUAUUUUCCAGCACUGUAUUAAAAAUACCAAGACAGCAUUUUUCUUGAUAAAAUAAAAUAAUCACUAAACCCA